AUGGGCUUCACGUUUGGCAGCCCGGGACAUGACGCAAGGAGCGUCACCGUCCGCAUUGAGAAGCUUUCGAUUCUUGGUGAGCCAGCCGCAAGGGAGGUGGGAGGCAUGGAGGCGUGGAUCGAGGUGGAGAUGCCCGGACUCAAUCAUCUGCUCACCACCCCACGCGUGCAAGCAACAGCGGGCGAGUUUGUGUUUGCGUGUGUGCUCGAAGCGCAUAUUGGGCUUGCAGCGGAGGCCAAGCUCCGCGAGGCGCUCGCCAGCCGAGACGAGGAAGACGCCGACGUGACCUUCACGCUGCGUGCACUUGGACCACGCAAGAAGGCGAAAGAGGUUGCGAGCGGCUACUUCAACCUCCACCAGACGCUCAAGCAUGGCCAAGACUUGAGCGGCCAGAUUCAGCUCGACGGACGAGACGACGGGCCGUUCGGAUCCCUGGCAGUCUCGCUCACGGUGCUCGAGGUAUUGCGCCUGUGCCAGCCAAGCACCGACCCAUCCGAACCGCCAGAAGCCGUCGCGGACACCGCUGGCGAAGAGGAAGAAGCCGCCCCGGACAGCAGCACCGGCGAUGCGCCUCCCCGCCAGCACGCGGACCAUGGGCCGAUGCCGCUCUGCGAUCCACGUCCGGCGCCGAGUACGCCAGAGGCGGCCCCCUGCGCCAACGCUAGCUUUGCAACGCCAGGCAAGGAGCACAUCGCCUCCAAGGAGGGGGGGGCUGGUGUGGACAUCUCCGAGAGCGAGACCAUUGCCCGCGCUCGCCGCCUAGGCAUCAACUUGGACGUCGCGGGCGUCGCAGCGACCGAGCCUGCGGUUGGAUUCGUGGGCCCCGCCGUUGCUGCUGCCGCCGCCGCUCCACUCAACACCACGCUUUCCCCUGCCGGAGGCUACACUUGCGAUCCAGAGUCGACGGCUCAGCUUGAUGAGGCGACCGAGGCACUGCUCCGCGAGAUGCUGUCAGAGAGGCGCGAGGCGCAGCGUGCACGGGACUACGCCCGGGCAGAUCUGCUGCGCGAGAAGAUGAGGGAUUUUGGAGUGCGGGUUCAAGACCGAACGGAAACGUACUUUGUCGAGCCGCGCAAAAGCGCUGGGGAUGGCGGCGAGACGCCGUCGUCUAGCAGCCACGGCUACGUACGAGGGGACGCCGGAGCCGUGAGUUUCUCGGAGGAAGAGCAGCUGACAAUUGACCGGCUUCUAUUGGAGCGGGUCGGAGCGCGGCAGCGACGCGCCUUUGUCGACGCCGACCGCCUCAGAGACGAAUUGGGCGCGCUGGGGGUGAGCAUCGACGACUCGGCUCGCACCUUCACUGUCGGCACUGUCGGCGGCGGCAGCAUGCGUGCCGAUGGAAGACCCGGGUGGUCUAUCCACACGCCGAUGCCACCCGUGCGGCUGAGCGCGCCUCCAGCCAAGGAAGAAACGACUAGCAGGCACGGCUACACACGCGAGGAGGCCGAGAGCAUCGACGAGACGGAGCUAGACGCUGCGGCGCAACGCGCACUUGACGGCCUGCUGGAGACGCGGCGAGUUGCACAACGAAGCCGCGACUACGGGUUUGCGGAUCAGCUUCGAGACGAGCUCGCCAAAAUUGGUGUCGUCGUCAACGACCGGAUGCGCAGCUACUCCCUCGAGAUGGCAAGCGAGGAGGCGGGCGAGAUGCUCUCGUGGCUGGAGCGACGAGGAGUGGAGAAGAUGAAGAUUGCAUGCAGCAAGGAGCAGCGCGCCGUGCAUGACGAGAGUGGCCGAUCGCCGAAGCUGUAA